AUGAUACGGAUUUUCGCGUCAGCAGUCACCCAGGAGCCAGUGAGCGAGAGCUGGGUUACCCGCUUCAUCAACAAGCACUCUAUCCAUCUCAUCUCUCAAUAUUCAACCAGGAUAGACACUAAUUGCUACAACGCUGAUUCGUACACCAAGUAUGAGUUAUACUUUAACCUACUGCAGCAAAAGAUUGCUGAAUAUAAGAUUAAGAGCUGCCACACAUACAAUAUGGACGAGAAGGGAUUCAUGAUUGGAGUAACCACCAGGACCAAGCAUGUGUUCAGCCAGCGGAUGUGGGAGAAGGGAGGGGUCAAGGCAUCACUCCAAGAUAGCAAUCGUGCGUGGAUUACGUUGUUAGCUUGUGUGUGUGGUGAUGGAUCAGCACUACCUCUAGGUAUCCUAUACAAGUCUGCCAACAGCACUAUCCAAUCAAGCUGGGUUGAAGAGAUAGAGUUAGGGGUACACUCUGCGUUUGUUUCUUCAACACCUACAGGCUGGACCAACAACAAUACAGGCCUUGCCUGGCUUAAACAGGUGUUUAAUCGCUUCACUAAGGCCAAAGCCUAG